AAAUAACAGUGAGCUGUAAACCUUUAAGCCAAGCGGAUGCUGUGCACGGAAAGGCGAUACACAUACAACAAAUUGAAUGCGUUUUUCAAAAAUAUUGAACAAGUGACUUUGUGUACGUGUGUGUUUUUUUGUUGGUGGUAAAUCACGUGCGCGAGAGUAAAAGCGAGUGCAGUGUUAUUUAUUUAUUUUUUGUUAUUUUUUUUGAGUGUAGUGAUGAUGCGACAAGUGCCAAAAAUACGCAUGUAAAGCAAAACACAACAACAGAAUAGAAGAAGGCACAAACAACAGAAUCGCAAAAAAAGUCAAAUAAAAACAAAGCCUGGCCGCCGCCAUGGCUGCUUAUUUUGAAUGCCACGUGCAGACGACGACGGAGUCGCCGACAAAGUCAGCGACAUUAGUUAUCACUGACAACAGCCACCAACAGUAACAACAAGAAGAAGAAUAGUAUAGCGUAGUAGUUGUUGACCAUAAUAAAGCCUUGUAAGCUGCAAGUGGCGCCGCAGCAUCUUAAAGUGUUUUGGUCACGCCAUAAAUCAAGUGACAGGCCCCGCGAGCGGCGCGCAUAAACAAAACUCAUUUGCACACGUUGUCCUUAACACCGUGUCCUUUGUCGUCGGCGACAUAGGCGGGCAACAGCAGCAGCAACAGCAGUAGAAGGCGCGGCAGCGGCAGCGCAUAAAUUUACCAACAGUUGGCAGCACCGCAGCGCACCGUGGAGAUAACAGCAAGUGUUGAGCAUUGGCAUCCGGUGACAAUUUUCGCCGCACAGCAGCGUCCAAAACAUUUCCCGAGCACAACGAGCGCAACAAACAGAGAGUAAGAGAGAGAGAGAGAGAGAGCAGCAAACAUUUUCAUUGCUGUCGACAGCACAUUUUAUGACGGUCACAUAAUAACGUGGAGCGACAAAACGGUAAACGGCGAGCGGACGUCAUCUAAAGAGUAGAAGGAGAAGGAGGAGGAGGAGCGGAGCAAAGCUCUGACGCAACGAAGGAUGCAAAUUACGUGCCACAUGACGCGCCAAAGCUUUUGAUUUGAUUGCGUUUCGGCAAUCGCUCAUUUGCCCAUUCGCUCAGUCAGUCAACCACACAUUGCCUGAUUGAUUGACUCCGACAGUCGCAACGAAUAGUUGACAACCAAACACACACAGACACAGACACAGAGACAAACACACAGAGGAGUCCUUUUUGUCGUCGGCGCAGCAGCUGCAACGCAGCAUGCACAAGAAGCAGCCAUUGCCGCUGGCUGCAUUUCUCAACAACAACAGCGACAACAACAGCGGCAGCGACAACAACAGCAGCAGCAGCAUCAUCAGCAACAGUCACAGCAACAGCCACAGCAACAGCAACCAUCACAGAGGAACAGUCAGUAGCAUUGUUGGCAGCAGUCGCAUGGGUCGACAACAACCGGCAAGCAUGUGCUUCACCAGCAGCGCCGCGAAUGGCGCCCAAGGUGCCACAAAUUCGUCAGCGGGCAGCGCCCAAGGUGCAGCGGGCGGCUCCGGCGUUGGCGCCACAGCAUCAUCCACAUCCAAGGCGGACAAACAAAGAGAUAACGGCGGCGGUGGUCUCGCUGGCGGACUCUGCGGUUGCCAAAAGGCGCCCAAAUCCCAUUGCAUAUCAGCGACAGGCGUUCUGCUGUUGGUGCUGCUCUACACGGCCAUGGGGUCCAUCAUCUUUGUAACGCUCGAAGGCGAGCUGGAGGACGCGAAUGCGUUGGAAACAGCUGUUGCCGCCUCCAAGCCAUAUCCACGCACCGAACUGGCCAACGCCGAGAUUCGCUCAAGAACUGUCGAUCGCCUGUGGUCGAUAACCGAGGAUCUGAACAUAUUGUACAAGGAGAACUGGACACGUCUUGCCGCCCAGGAAGUGCAAUUGUUUCAGGAUACGUUGCUGCGUGCGGUUCGCCAGUCGAAGGUUUAUCAGCCUGGAGGCGUGCAAAUGAAUGCACCGACACACAAAUGGACCUACGCUUCGGCUUUCCUCUACUCGCUGACAUUAAUUACAACGAUAGGCUAUGGCGGAAUUUCGCCACGCACACAAUGGGGCCGCGUGGCCGCCCUUGUGUACGCUUUGUUCGGCAUACCCAUUGUGUUGCUCUACCUAUCGGCCAUGGGCGAGGCGCUGUCGGCGGGCAUGCGUUGCCUGUUUCGACGCCAACGUGUCAAGGGCAGCGUGGGCAGCGGCCCCGCAACCGGACCCAACGGUGGCCGCAAAUCAGACAAGGUCAAGGGUCAACAACAAUACGGCGGCGGUGGCGGUGGCAAGCUGAAUCAGUACGGCCUGCCACCCUCCGUCUACCAGCAACAGCAGCAGCAACAACAGCAGCAACAGCAGCAGCAACAACAACAGCAACAGAAUCGCAAAUCCUCGAGUCCCCGCGGAUCACCAAGUGUCCCCAUCUCGAUAUGUGUGUGCGUGCUGCUCUGCUAUGUGACGAGCGGGGCAAUUUUGUUUCACAAACUGCAGAAUUGGAGUGUGCUUGAAUCGUUGUACUUCUGCUUCACAUCUCUGGGCACCAUUGGCUUUGGCGAGCUGUCGCCCAGCGGCACACUAACCCUCUACAGCGCCUCCGCUUACAUCUUGGUGGGCAUGGCUGUUGUGGCGAUGUGCUUCAGCCUGAUACAGACAGAGAUUGUGAUGUGGCUGCGACGGUUCAGUGUGCAGGAUCAUGUGAUGCCCAAGGCCGAGGAGUUGGCUCUCGUCACCGUCGCUGUGACUCCGAAACCCUCCUGACAACGACCCAGCGCCGACCUGUUGGGCGGCGGCGCCGUGGGCGGCAGCCAAGCAGCAGCAGCAGCGGCGGCUAAUAGUCUUGGCCAGCAUCAGACAAUGUUCUUUGGCCCAGCGCACACGCUAACCCAAUACAGUUCGUUGCCGCGACGCAGUCACCUGCAUGGCGGUGGCGGUGUGGCAACCUCUGGCGGCGCCUCGACAUCCGCCUUCCAACGCAACACGCCCAUACGUCGCUCCACCGGCAUACCGGAGCAUCACAUGGAGUACUUUGUGCCGCGCAGCAUUAGCGAGUUUAAUUUGUCGGGCGUCGGAGAUUUGGCGCUGCCGCCGCCGCGUCGCUUCUCGCCCAACAUGGGCAUCGGCAUGCCGCCCCCUCCGCCCAUGGGCAUGGGCGUUGGUGUUGGCGUUAACAUGGGCGUCAACAUGGGCAUGGGCAUGGGCAUGCCGCAUGGCCUGCAAUUGGGGCCGCCACAGACGUUACUCUGCGCCGCCGCAGCUGCGGGGGGAGGUGCUGGUGCAGGUGCUGGAGCACCGCCGCCGGCACAGCUGCAGAUUGUCACACUGAAGCCGCGCAGCGAGAAGAUGGUCACCUUUGAGGAUGAAUCGAAAUCGGGCGGCGUAUCAGCGACGACGGCGGCGGCCACACAUUGUCCGCACGGUGUGCCGACUACGCCGCGUAAAUCGAAUGCUGGCGCCUCGACAUCAACGGGCGACAUCUUCAUGUGACCAGCCAUCUGACCAACUGCAGCAGCGACAGCAGCUGCAGUGGAGCAACAACAACAGCAGCAGCAGCAAUCAACAAGCGAGGAUGGCGCCGAGUUGAAUGCGGCGUUGCGAUUGCGUGACAGCAUCGAUGAUGCGCUCUGUCCCAAGCAGGCACCAGGUGAGGUGAUACGUGUCUAAGCUGAGUUGAGUAACCCACACACACUAACCCAAAAAACACACACACUGUAAGUAUAUGCACACACACACACACACAUACACAUACACACACACACACACAAACACUGACAGAGUCACAAAGUCACAGCAGACAUGGGCAGAGAUAAGAAAUUAGAUGAGCAUAAAAUGCUGCAUACUUUUUGGGGCGUUGCCUACAAAAUUCCACACAGCAUUCGCUUUGCUAAUUGGAUGCCAGCAAAAACAAGAAAAACAACAGCAACAGCAACAAGAACAAGAACAACAACUAGAACAGCAACAGCAACAAGAACAUUUCUAUAGUGUUAUUUAAAUUAUGUAAGUUAAGCAAAUAUUUCUGAUUAUGCGUGUAAAUACAAAAUAACAACGACAACAGUAGCAGCAGCAACAGCAACAAGAACAACAACAAAUUGCGGGCGCGUGUUGUAAAUAGGUAUAAAUAUACAUAUAUUCAAAUGUGUGAAAAACAUGAAAAGCAAAAUAACAACAAGAACAACAACAACUACAACAACCAAAGCCAACUUAAAUUAAAUUGAAAUUUAAAUUCGAAAUGUUAAAUGCAAAUUGCAUAAAUAAUUUGAAUGCUUUGGCUGUUAAUGCCAAAAACAAAAAAAACAUUAAAAACAAAUUGCAAAGGAAGAAAAAAAACACUGACAAAGUGAAAAACGUAAACAACAGCUGAACAGCAAAUGAAAAGAAAUUGCAAAAAAAAAAAAAAAUGAAAACGAAACAUGUGAGAAGAGAGAAAUUAAUAAAUACAACAAGCGACUAACUAUGAAUAAUAAAUAACUAUGCGAAAUCCGAAAUUGCCAAAGUGCAAAGCAAACAAAAUGCAAAUUGUGCACAAUUGCAGAAUGCUAAAAUGCCAAAUGUUAAAUGAAAAUGCAAAAUGCUAAAUGCAAAAUGACAAAUUGUUUGUUGUGCGUGUGUGUGUGUGUGUGUAUCGGAGUGUAUGUUUGUGUGUGUGAGAUGCCAAAGGACAAAGUUUAUUUAAGCGAUUUGUUAGCUAGUUUGUUAUUUAUUUUUCUAUUUAUUGAUAUUGUCGUUCAUUAUUAUUUUCGUUUUUCUGCAUCGUUUUGCACAAUUUUUAAUGGCAAGUUGCGGUCUAUGUAUCUAAUACUUGACAAAUGAUGUUAAUGUACCGCGACAACAAGUUGAGUUUGUUGUAAUUUGUUUAUUUUUUCUACGAGUUUAACAAUUUCUAAAAUUGUUAUACUACAGAUAUUUAUUAGCUUUACAUAAUUGUCGUGUAAAUACGCACUUUUUGUUGUAGUCAAAUUGAAAUAACUCUACACAAAUUGAGUAGCUAAUAGAAAAUAAUUUCUUCUCAAUUCAGUUGAGCUUGUCGGUUUUAUGUUUUAGUCGUGCCACAAUUAAAAUUUUAUAAAUUGCCCCAAAUUAAUCAACUGACCAAGCUGCAAUUAAUUACAAAACUAACCCCAUUACAAUUGCCCUGAAAAAACAUCACACUAAAUUGCCAUAAAUAAUUGUCAGCUAUAAUUUAGGCUAUAUCUGUUUAUAGUAUUAUUAUGUAGUAUACACAUUCCUCCACUGACUUUUGUGUAAUUCAAAUCCAUCACUCAUGUCACUCCCAUCAGUUUUUUUUGUUUUACUGCAGAUCUUUCACGUUUAAUAUUGGUUCGUUUUUCGUUGUGUAUUAAUGUGCUACAGCAAUUAGGCUUAAAUGCUUUUUAAAUGCAUUUUGAUUGUAGGUAAUUGAGCGGCCGAAAUGGCAUUUGUUAUACUCGUACAGAGUUGUAUUUGAAUGGUGCUGCCAACUCGUUUUACAGCCCACGUCCGCCACGUAGUAAUUCGAUGCUGUCAACUGAGUGGGCCACUUGAUUUUUCACUUUAAUUGAAAAUAAAUUAAAUUUAAUAUGUGUGUAUGAGUGUGUGGGUGAUUGUUGUGAGUGUUUGUGUGUGCGCGAGUUAAUUUUUUGCCAUAUUUAAUUUUGUGGCGUUAAAUUAAAAUAAUCGAAUAGAACGAAAGAAUGUAGUAGUGGGGAGCAAAAAAAAAAAAAGUCAAAACGGAUGCGAUACGAAUGUGGUUGAAAAAAAGACGCUUUAAAUUUAUGGGUUGUGGCACGAACGAAGAACAAAAAAUACAACUAAAAAAAGAAACACAAAAAAGAGAAUGCGAAAGUAAAAAAAAAAAAACAAAAAAUAGAUACAACUAAAUAUGCAUUGCGUGGCAUUUGUAUUUGUAUAACAGCAUUCCAAUU